AUGUGUCCUUACAAGUGCUUAAUAUUUCUCAUAAUAAGUGUAAUAUACACAUGUGUUGAAGCUCAAUUUAAUGAUCUGGCCUCUAAUCAAUUAUAUUCCCAGCCUUUACGAGUUGCGACACCCAAACUUGAUAACCUAUACUUGAUGCAGAAUAAGUUACAACAAAGGAAUCAACAAUUUUUACAACCGUUUUUGCAACAACUUCAACAACAGGAAAAAGUGAAGAUUCAAUUGUUUUACGAGUGUUUGUGCCCCGACUGCAGGGUUUUCGACACUCAACAAUUUGCUCCGACUGUAAAGAAACUGGGCAAUCAUCUCGACGUACAUAUUUAUCCAUAUGGAAAUGCUAGAACAAUUAUUCAUGCUGGUGGUAAAAUCGAAGUCAUUUGCCAACAUGGUCCCGCCGAAUGCUACGGCAAUAUGUUACAUGCGUGCGCAAUCGACUUUCUGGGCAAUAUUACACUAGCCGUGGAGUUCAAUACUUGUAUGAUGAGCUUCGACCAGAAUAAUAAAGGAUCUGAUAAUGAAGCUGCUGAUAAGUGCGGCAGACUAAUGAAUAUAGAUUCAGGUCCAAUUAAGCAUUGUGCCAUUAGUCGACGAGGAUUAAUGCUCCUUAAAAAUUAUGGUGAUGAAAGCAAAAAAGUUGGUUUUAGUUCUGUGCCAUUCAUUCUUAUGAACGGGAACCAGUAUAGCGGUGACAAUUUCCUGCGAGAUGUCUGUGACAUUUUUAGAAAUCCACCAUCGGAAUGCAACGAAUAA